UCAACCCUUUUUUUAUUCAUUUUAUAAUCAACAAAAUCAUCCAAUUUAAUCCUCCCCUGUUUUCCAAUUUUCCCAUCUCCUCUGUUUCUUGACAGGGGAAAAACAGAGACUGACAUGUCUUCUUCCAUAGUCUUCCAAUGGCUUAGCCUCGUUGGAAUCAUAUGGCUUCAAUCCAUCAAUGGCACCAACUUCAACUUCCCCUCUUAUUCUUCUCAACUCAAACAACAACUUUCCAUGUCACAGUUGCAACUCAACAACCUCGCAUUCGCCUCCGACGCCGGCAAGCUCUUCGCCUGCUUCUCCGGCCUUGCUGCUAACUAUUUACCUCUUUGGUUAGUCCUUUUCAUCGGUGCUUCUCUUGGCCUUGUUGGCUAUGGCGUUCAAUAUCUCUUCGUUACAAACCAAAUACAAUCUCCCUCUUAUUGUGUCAUUUUCUUACUGACGGUUCUAGCCGGAAACAGCAUUUGCUGGAUCAACACAGUCUGUUACAUGGUUGCCAUUACAAACUUUGGAACAAAUCGCCAAAUUGCAGUUGGGAUAUCAACAAGUUACCAAGGAUUAAGUGCUAAAAUAUAUACAAAUAUUGUCAGUUCAAUAUUCUCUAAACAUUCUUCCAAAACAACUGAAACAUUUCUUCUAUUGAACUCUGUUUUGCCGAUGGGGGUUUGUGUCUUGGCGUCUCCAUUGGCUAGAAUUCUCAAAGUAGUGGAAGAACAAGGAAAAUUGGAAGUUGGGUUUUUUGUAAUCUUUGUAAUAACCAUAGCCACUGGGAUUUUUGCAGCAGUUACAAGUGUGGGAUCGAUUUCAAGAAUGUUGUCGCCAUUGAGUGGGUUGGUUGGGAUUGUGGUGUUUUUGGUUCUUCCAUUGGUGGUUGCAGUUGUAGAGAAAGUGAAGGAGUCAUUAAAAGAAGGAAAAGAGAGACGGGUUUAUCAUUUUACAGUGGAAGAAAAUAAAGAUGUAGAGAGAGUGAGAGGGGAAAAUCAGAGUAAAUUGGAAAGAGAUGGAGAUAGUGAAGAAGCAAUGGAGGAGAUUGGAGCGAAAGAGAUGGUGAAAAGAAUAAACUUUUGGUUAUAUUUUGGUGUUUAUUUAUUUGGUGCAACAUUGGGAUUGGCAUUCUUAAACAACUUGGGGCAAAUAGCAGAGUCUCGUGGAAGCUCGAGUGUGUCAUCAUUGGUAUCUUUGUCGUCAUCGUUUGGGUUCUUCGGUCGCCUCAUGCCCUCGAUUCUCGACUAUUUUCUGUCAAGGAAGAAAUGUAUGAAAUCAAAGCCAGGUUGGAUGGUGGGAUUAAUGGGAGUAUUAUGUGGGGGUUUCUUCCUUCUUUUAUGUCCAACUGAUGUGAGCCUAUGUGUGAGCACUGCCAUAAUUGCAGUGUGUACAGGUGCAAUUACUUCCAUUUCUGUGUCCACAACCAGUGAGUUAUUUGGGGCUAAUAAUUUCUCAAUAAACCACAACCUUCUUGUUGCCAAUAUUCCUUUUGGGUCAUUUCUUUUUGGGUAUAUGGCUGCUUUUCUUUACCAUAAACAAGCUGGUGGUGAUGGCACUGGGAAAUGCAUUGGAGUUGAGUGCUAUAGAACUACUUUUUUUAUAUGGGGUUGCUUCUCUUCCUUUGGGACUUUGUUGGCUUUACUUUUGUUUGCUCGAACCAAAACCUUCUACUCUACAACACGCUCGCAUACGUCAAAGUGAAUUUAGCUCAGUGGUAUUAACAUCAUCUUCAUUCCAAGAGAUCAGAGGUUUAAUCCCUUACCUCACCAUCGUUGUACUAAAAAAAAUUCUAUUACUCUACUCUAUCACUAUCUUUUGACUCAAGUUUUGUUAGUUUGACCCUUUAGUUUAGACUUUAGAGACAAAACUAAUAUAUUUCAAUGCUACCAAUAUUACAAAAUUAUUACUUCCUAAACUUUUUUCCUUUGUUCCAUAGAUUGUCCGUUGUAGAAAUGAAAUUUACUCAAACUUGUUAUUUAUAUUAAGACAUUGUUUAAAUAAAAUUUUGAAAUGGACUAGCACAUCUGGAGUAGCAUUAUCGUGAGUAGCAUCUAUCACUCAUCGAAUUAUCCAAUCAUAAUUUGUCAUAUGGUUAUAUGUGCAUCAUGAGAUGCUCCAUGUAUUGCUCUUUUGAAAUCUCUAUUGUUAUGGAGUGUUGUUGUAAUAACUACGAAGGUGGGAUCAAACCUCCAACCUCUAAAGAAAGAGAUCAUGUCAAUUAUUGUUGAGCUAAGCUUAUUUUGUCAAUGAAACGAUGUAUUUAUUUUAGG